AAAGCCCACCUUCAACCCCCGACCUUCAGGAGGAGAGAGUCAUCAAAAAGAAAAAGGAAAAAAUGAAGAAAAUUUCAUCCUAGAUUUUUUAAAAAUUCGUUUAUGUUUUUUUUUAUUUGAAAAAUUUCAUCCAAUCUUGUUAGGUUUCACCUCCCUCUGCAGAUACAGAAAGUAGAAAUUAGAAAAAAAGGAAGCAGAAUAUUUCAUAAAAUAAACAACCAAAGGGAUUUCACCCAUUCUUGCUCGGCUUGUUCUUGGAGAAGCAGCAAAGUGGUUGUCCUGGUUCUUCUUUGUUUUGCUUCUCUAUUGGGAGGGAGGAAAAGAAGAAGAAGAAGAAGAAGGGGUGGUGGGGUUUUAAGUUGCUGGUUUGGAUGGCGGUGGAGUACCAUUGCUGCGAGGGGCGGUUCUUUCUGCACAUAGUGAUCAUAGUACUGCUGGUGCUCUUCGCCGGGCUCAUGUCGGGCCUCACCCUGGGGUUGAUGUCGCUCAGCCUCGUCGACCUCGAAGUCCUCGCCAAGUCCGGCACGCCUCAGGACCGCAAGCACGCCGCCAAGAUAUUGCCUGUUGUGCAGAGACAGCAUUUGUUGCUGUGCACUCUUCUUAUUUGCAAUGCCGCAGCCAUGGAGGCUCUCCCCAUUUUUCUUGACAGUUUGGUCACAGCAUGGGGUGCUAUCUUGAUUUCAGUGACAUUGAUACUUCUGUUUGGUGAGAUUAUCCCACAGUCUGUGUGCUCUCGAUAUGGGUUAGCUAUUGGAGCAGCAGUUGCGCCAAUAGUCCGUGUGCUUGUGUGGAUCUGCUUUCCUGUUGCAUAUCCAAUUAGCAAGUUGUUGGACUUUUUGCUGGGAGAUGGACAUGUAGCUCUUUUCCGCAGAGCUGAGCUGAAAACACUUGUUACUUUACAUGGGAAUGCGGCUGGGAAAGGGGGAGAACUGACCCAUGAUGAAACGACUAUCAUUGCUGGAGCACUUGAACUUAGUGAGAAAAAAGCCAGUGAUGCCAUGACUCCUCUAUCUCAAACCUUUGCUGUUGAUAUCAAUGCAAAACUUGAUAGGAAUUUGAUGCAGUUGAUUCUGGAUAAGGGGCAUAGCAGAGUGCCAGUUUACUAUGAAAAACCCACAAAUAUAAUUGGUCUCAUCCUGGUGAAGAACUUAUUGUCCAUACACCCUGAUGAUGAGGUGCCAAUUAAGAGUGUCACAAUUCGAAAGAUUCCACGGGUUCUGGAAGACAUGCCUCUGUACGAUAUUUUGAAUGAGUUUCAGAAGGGUCACAGUCACAUGGCUGUUGUCGUGAAGCAAAGAGUUGCAACAGAACAGCCUAGCAACAUUGCAGAUGGUGAUUUGAGGCUGAAUGUUGAUGGUGAUAAGCCUAAUGAAAGAAUUUUGGAGAGUUCCAAGAAGCUACGCAAGUGGAAGAGUCAUCCAUCAAAUUCACAUAAGCUAAACAGGGCCAGCAGUAGAGGUAAAAAACGGUCAGGCGAUGAUGUACUGCAAAUUGAAGACAAACCCCUGCCCAUCAUAAAUGAAGAUGAAGAGGCUAUUGGGAUAAUAACAAUGGAGGAUGUCAUUGAAGAGCUACUACAGGAAGAGAUAUUUGAUGAGACAGAUUAUCACGAGGAUCGGCAGUGAAGUAUUGGUUCAGACUUUGCGUUUUGGUACGAGUUUCUUUAGAUGAAAGUCAGAUGCAUGCAUGGUAUAUCACAUAACCAUCAUAUAAAGAACCAUUUGUACAUCAAUUCCGCCAUCUGAGCCAGAAUUUUUUGUGUGGUGUGUUGUGGUGAAAGUGUCCUAUGUGUGAGGAUAUGAGUGGAUGCUAAGCCUUCAUAGUCUGCAAUAUACAUAGAAUCAAGAGAGAAGUUCAUGGGUGGUUCGUGUUUGUUCGUAUAUUAAAUUCCAACUGGUACGCAAAAGAGCAAUUGCUUUAUGAGACUGUAAGCUGUUAUAGUCUGCCGCCUACCUUGCUUUACACGAUCUGUACUAUUCUUGGACCUUAUUUUCUGCCAUACAUCUUGAAUUAAUUUAUAUUUGUCCUAAAA